CGCUCAUGUCCUGAAACAGAGGACUGAAGGUGAACCCGCUCUGUCUCUGUCAUUGGCUUUUAUCCGCUCUCUCCUCGUCGCACACCGGGAUUAUUCCUUUCGGCCUGAGCCAUGUCCCUGUUCAGCGAUGUCCCGCAGGCCCCGCCUGUAGCCGUCUUUAAACUGACCGCUGACUUUAGAGAGGACAGUCACCCUCAGAAGGUGAACUUGGGAGUUGGAGCUUACCGUACUGAUGACUGCCAGCCAUGGGUGCUGCCUGUAGUGAAGAAGGUGGAGCGGCUUCUUGUGGAGGACGAUAGCCUGAACCACGAGUACCUGCCCAUCCUCGGACUGCCCGAGUUCCGCUCGGCUGCAUCAAAGGUUGCCCUGGGAGACGACAGCGCUGCCAUCAAGGAGAACAGGGUGGGAGCGGUCCAGGCUUUGGGAGGAACUGGAGCGUUGAGGAUCGGGGCAGAUUUCUUGCGACGGUGGUACAACGGCGUCAAUAACACAGCCACGCCUGUUUAUGUAUCAGCGCCCACCUGGGAGAACCACAAUGGAGUGUUUGCUGAUGCUGGAUUUAAAGACAUCCGUCCGUACCACUACUGGGAUGCUGCUAAAAGAGGCCUGGAUUUAACUGGGCUCCUAGAUGACCUAGAGAAAGCUCCAGAACACUCCAUCUUCAUCCUUCACGCUUGUGCACACAACCCAACCGGCACAGACCCCACCCAGGAGGAGUGGAAGACCAUUGCGGAGAUCAUGAAGAGGAGGAAGUUGUUUCCGUUCUUUGACUCGGCUUACCAGGGUUUUGCAUCUGGCAACCUGGAGAAGGACGCCUGGGCGAUCCGCUUCUUCGUCUCAGAGGGCUUCGAGCUCCUCAUCGCUCAGUCCUUCUCCAAAAACUUUGGCCUCUAUAAUGAGAGGGUUGGUAACCUGACGGUGGUUUCUAAGGACAACGAGACCCUGACCCGGGUUCUGUCCCAGAUGGAGAAGAUUGUGAGGACCACCUGGUCCAAUCCUCCGUCUCAGGGUGCCCGAAUCGUCAGCAAGACCCUCAACUGUCCUGAGCUGUUUGCAGAAUGGAAGGGCAAUGUGAAGACCAUGGCAGACCGGGUCCUGCUGAUGAGGGAUCAGCUGAAGAGCAAGCUGCUGGCUCUGGGCACUCCAGGAACCUGGGACCACAUCACCCAGCAGAUCGGGAUGUUCAGUUUCACCGGCCUGAACCCCAAACAGGUGGAGUACAUGAUCAAAGAGAAGCACGUGUACCUGAUGGCCAGCGGCCGCAUCAACAUGUGCGGCCUCACCUCCAAGAACAUCGACUACGUCUCCCAGGCUAUCCACGACGCCGUCACUAAAGUCCAGUAGAAGGGGCUCCUGUCCACACUCCCUCUGGUUACUGUAUCCACAGGAAGCAGCGUCGCCUCUCUGCUCCAAACCUGCUUCUCCUCUCCUUCUGAUGGGGACUCCUGUUUCCUUUCUCUCUUUACGGUUUUAAAUCUCAACGGUAUUUAAACACAGCAAAUUUCUCAGUCAGCAGAACUCUAAUUGAAUGUUACAGUCAAAAUAUAGUCUAUCAUCUUGAAUAAUUUAGCUUAAAGUUUGAUCAGUUUGAAACUGAAUAAGAAUAGAAAGUUACUGCGCUUCCUCUGUAAAGAUAAUGAACAAAACGCAGACGAUAAACGUUAAAGUCUGACUACUUCCUGCUUAUGCACUGAAUUAAAACUAGAUAAAAAGGACAAAUGAUGAAGAAAAUUAUUAUUUUCUUAUUUUAAAAUAUAAAAAUUACAGAAUAUUUUAGCAUGUGUGGCUCUGUGUGCUGCAGCAGCACAUUUUUAGGAUCCGUCUCUGGGGUCUUUGGUUGUACCUUUAUUGAUUACUAAUAAGGAACUGUGAGACGCACAAAUGCUUUUUUUUCCUGUUUGUUUUGGUUUUGAGACGGGCAUUAGGAGUUCAGCGGUUCUCCCGUCUGCUGUAACUGGAUGGGGAAAAGGAACGCUGCUGUCUGGUUUUGGUUUGACCCUUUUAGCUUCGUUUUUGUUCCUUUGUGUGCCAUCAGCGGAGAAACACGACCUGCCUCCUCACCGUUCGUUUCUUCUUCUGUGCCCUUCAUCGUUUUACAGGAAAUGUAAAGUAAAAGAGCCUGUUUUUGUCACAGACAUGCUCCCAUGUUGUGCUGAUGUUUGUGAUGGUAUGUUGCAAUAUGUUCAUGCAAAAAUAAAUUAUUAACCACAUAAAAUGA